UAUCUAUGAGCCUAUAGUCUCAGAUUGUCCCUGCAGGAAGGGAAUUAUUAAGGUGUAACACCAAACACACCAGAACGCGUUGAGCGAACAGUGUUCGCCGAACGCACGAUGGAGUUUGAUGGCAGCGAACUGACAGAAAACAUUCCCACUGAAACGAUGAAAACGGAGAAAAGCCAGGACCCAGAAAAUGGAAAAAUCUGCGAUUCUAAACAAGACAUCACCAGCACAAACGAAACCGCUGACGAUCCGUUUAAGAAACCCGUACUGACCCCUUCUCUCGCGGUGAAGAAAUCAUUAGGACCCAGUAAGAAGCCUACAGAAGAAGUGAGCAGCAGCGUAUCAGAAAAUACAGACGCAGAUCAUGAUACUAAACACCUGCUGUCAACUGCAAAGGCUAAAGACACAAAAAUAGACCCAUCGGAUCAUCCGCCAUCCGAGAGAUUAAAGGAACCGAGAGUACAGCCGAAAUCAAAAGACAUCAGACCCAAGAUCCCUCCGGCUGGUAAAUUCCCUCCGCUCCCGUACACCGAGCCCCCAUGGGGAGCUGUCCCUGACAUCAACUACUCGUUUGAACUGCUGAAAAAUGGAGCUAUCCUAGACACCGUCCCGCUGACCCACAGGAGUUAUUUUGUGGUGGGUCGGUUGCCUGUGUGUGAUGUGUCUCUGGAGCACCCGUCCAUCUCUCGCUAUCACGCCGUGGUCCAGUACCGGGGCAGAGCCGGGCAGGAAGGCGUCGUGGGAGAGGAGAGGGGCUUCUACGCUUAUGAUUUAGGCAGCACCCAUGGAACCUUUAUCAACAAGAACAAAAUACCACCUAAAACAUACAUAAGACUCCGAGUGGGGCAUGUUCUAAAGUUUGGGGGGAGCACACGACUCUUUAUCUUGCAGGGUCCAGAAUUUGAUGAAGAAGCCGAGUCGGAAAUGACAGUGACAGAGCUCAGAGAGCGUGCUAGAAAACAGAGGGAAGAGCUGGAAAGGAGAAUGAUGGGGGAUGGCUCAGAUGAGGAGGAAGAGAAAGAGGAGAGUGAAACCAGUGCUUCAAAAAACACCUCAGAAGAUGCUGGCUGCUCUUGGGGAAUGGCUGAAGAGGCAGCUCCAGAAGAGGAUGAUAAUGAGGAGAAUCCGUUUGCCACCGAAUUUCAGGAGGAUCAAGAAGCAGCUUAUUUAAAAGAUCCUAAAAAGGCCUUGCAAGGUUUUUAUGACAGAGAAGGAGAAGAAUUGGAGUUUGAAUAUGAAGACAAAGCCCAUGGCACCUGGCUCUGCAGAAUUAAGUUACCUGUGGAUGAUGCUGUGGGCAGGCAACUGGUAGCUGAGGUCACUCACACAGGGAAAAAGAAAGAAGCGGCAGUUCAGUGCUGCCUGGAGGCCUGUCGUAUCUUGGAGGCCCGUGGCCUUUUGAGACAGGAGGCAGUGUCUCGCAAAAGGAAGAAGAAGAACUGGGAAGAUGAUGAUUUUUAUGACAGUGAUGACGACACAUUCCUUGACCGGACAGGUGUAGUGGAGAAGAAGCGAACAGAGCGGAUGAAAAAGGCCGGAAAGAUUCAAGAGCGUCCUGAUACAUAUGAGUCACUUCUAGCCAAGCUGGCUGAUGUUGAAAAAGAGCUGGCUGACACCGAGAAAAAGCUAAAUUUAUCUGGGAAAGGAGGCUCCGGUUCAUCCACCGAGGAUCCUCUGGAUGCUUUUAUGACCGCUGUACGGAGCGAGGUUGCUCUGGAUGGGGUGGAAAGAAAGAAGUUGCACUUACAUAUAGCCGACUUAAAGAAGGAAGGUCAGAGAUUGAGCAGGCUAGUGGAGCUGGCUAAACCCACACAGCUGCCUUCAUUGCUGUCUAGCGGAUCUCAUACUCAGUCUUCAGACUCCGACAAACCUAAGAAAUUAUCUUUACCGAUGUUUGGAGCCAUGAAAGGAGGGAGUAAAUUCAAACUGAAGACUGGAACUAUUGGAAAUUUACCACCAAAGCGGACAAGUUUGCCUCCAGAGCUCUUCACUAUGAAGGAAAUGCCCCCUGGUGGUGAAGAAGAGGUAGAGGAGGAAGAAAACAGCGAGGCAGAGGAUGUGGUCACUGAUGGGGACAUGGAGGUUAUACAGUCUGUAGAGACAGCCAUCUCAGAACACUCUGCAGACAGUGCUGAGUCUCAGACACAACAACCUAAAGAAGAGCAUGAGGACCAGCCUGCUAAGACAGUGAUUUCUCCUAAAAAAGAUGACCCUUCUCCAAAAGGAGUUAACAACAAAGCCUCUAAUGUCCAGAAUCCAAAGACAUGCGCAAAGAAGAAAGUUAUUGGCCCAAGCAAGCCUCCUGUGACCAUGUCCAAGCAGUACCCAGAGGACGACCCAGACUACUGUGUUUGGGUUCCUCCAUCAGGUCAGACUGGUGAUGGUCGGACACAUCUGAAUGAUAAGUAUGGAUACUGAAAACCGAAAAGGGGAGGCCAUCUUCACUAAAAUGGAGUCAACUCAACAUUCAUUCUAGUCCAGUGGUCUUAAACUCAAUUCCUGGAGUGCCACAGCUCUGCAUAGUCUAGCUUCAACUUUCUUCAACGCACACCUGCUUUAAAGUCUUGAGCACCUUGAUUAGUUGGAUCAGCUGUGUUUGAUUAGGGUUUGACCAAAACUGUGCAGAGCUGCAGCCCUCCAGAAAUCGAGUUUGAGGCACAUGUUCUAGACUUCGAAAAGUGAACAUCAUUUUCUCUCUGCAUCUGCGUUUUCACUCCAUACAAGGAACAUCGAGGAACACAAGCAGCACAGAUGAGCUCAGAUGUUAUUUGGACAUGGAAACUGAUUUUCACAUCAUGCGAUUUUCAUUCGAAUGCAUUCAUUUUCCACAACUGGCCUGUUAGCCAAAUGUCUAGGAUGUUUUUGGGAGAGUUUUGGAGUGGACAUUGCUUAAAGGGUUAGUUCACCACAAAAAUAAUGAAAAUUAUGUUAUUAAUUGGUAAUCCCCAUGUCUUUUCAAAUCUUUGAGACCUUCAUUCAUCUUCAGUACACAAAUGAAGUUAUUUAGGUGAAAUCCGAGAGCUCCCUCAUCUUCCAUAGACUGCAAGGUCCCCUAUUUGCUGAAAGUUCAGAAAAGAACCAUCCUCAAAACAGAUCAUACACUGUAAUAAACAGUAAAUCCUUCUCUUUAAAAGUGACAAGUUGAUUUUACUUUAAACAUUUAAGUAAUUCUUAAACCGGUUAAGUUCACUGAACUUGUUUGUUUAGAUUUAGGCACAUAGCUCUUUUACCUAAUAAAUUCAAGGCAGUUUUAUACUAUAAAAAGUGAUUAGUUGAAAAAGUGAGUAAACACAUUGCCUUCAAAUUAUUGAGAAAAUGAGCUAUGUACUUUUAAAAACAAGUAAAUGUAACACUUCUAAGUGUUACAACAGAAAUACUUAAUUAUUUUUUAAGUAAAAUAAACUUUAUUAAGUAAUUGCUUUUUACAGUUUGCAUUCAGUGCUUCAAUUGGAAUAUUAUCAGAUUAUGAGAAAACGUUAUCGCACACGUAAAACAAAAAUAACUACUUUCUAAAAAAGUUUUCUUAUUUUCAGUGUCAGUUUUUUGUGCACAUUCAAAAGUCUUGUUUCUCGCCCGUGACCAUGUCCAAGUACCCAGAGGAUGACCCAGACUACUGUGUUUGGGUUCCUCCAUCAGGUAAACAUAUACUUUUCUUCCCCCUUGUUGAUUGUGAUGAUAUUAAAGGAAUAGUUCACCCAAAAAUAAAAAUUCACUCACUAUUUACUCUCCCUAAAGUGAUUCCAAAUCUUUGAGUUUCUUUCUUCUGCUGAACUCUAAAGAUGAUGUUUUGAAGAAAGCUGAAAAUCUGUAACCAUUGACUUAUCGCACACAUAUAACAAAAAUAACAAAUUAUUCAACAUUUUCUUAUUCUUAGUGUGAGUAUAUUGUGCGCAUUGAAAAGCUCCAGUUCCGAGCGCAACUCUCUCUGUUUGAAACAAAGCACAGGCGUAUCUGUGGUAAGCAUGAUAUGUGAGUGUGCGCCCUAUACUGACACUGAGAAACUUUAAUCAAAAAAAUAUUUUUGAAUUUUGUAGCUUGAUAUUAUUCCGAUUGAACUACGGAAGGCGUAUAGAUCUAUUUUGAGGACUCUUUUUAGUACCUCUCUGAAAAUGUAGGAUGAGGAAGCUCUCGGUUUACACCUAAAAUAUUUUUAAUUGUGUUCUGAUCAACUUGAGUAGGAGUAAUUAAUGACAUUUCAUUUUUGGGUGAAUUUAUGCUUAAAGGUUUGCAAAAAUGUCUGUUUUCAGAUCAGCAUUUACUUCCGCAUACUGUCCUAUAAGCUUGCAAAUCAAAAACUUUCCACUGGUUGAGAAGUACUAAUUUUUCAAACUGUAUUUUGGAUUUAUUUGUUGUUUUGCAGUCCCGAUUCUGAGCGCAACUUUCUCUGUUUGAAACAAAGCACAGGCAUAUCUGUGAUAAGCAUAAUAUGUGAGCGUGCACCCUAUACUGACACUGAGGAUGAGGGAGCACUCGGUUUACACCUAAAAUAUCUUUAAUUGUGUUUUGAGCAACAUGAGGUGGGAGUAAUUAAUGACAUCAUUUCACUUUUGGGUGAACUAACAAUUUAAGAUUUGCAAAAAGGUCUAUUUUUAGAUCAGCACUUCCGCAUACUGUUCUAUAUGCUAGCAAAUUAAAAAUGUUCCAUUGGUGUAGAAGAACUAAUUUCUCUGAAUCUGAUUUUUUUGAUUUUAUUUGUUGUUUUUCUGCUCUUUCAGAUACAAUAUAUUUUAUUUUGACUUUAUAUUUUCUUAAUGACAAUAUCAUGUCAGUUGUUUGAUCACUGUCAUUGGUGACAAAAAUCUCAUGUCACAAUUUUCUGUUCUUGGAUCAUUUUAAUAAGCUUAAAUGAAAAGUUCACACAAAAAUGAAAAUUCACUCACUAUUUACUCUCCCUAAAGUGAUUCCAAAUCUUUGAGUUUGUUUCUUCUGCUGAACUCUAAAGACGAUAUUUUUGAAGAAAGCUGAAUGUCUGUAACUAUUGACUUAUCACACACAUAUAACAAAAAUAAUAACUUUAUUCAACAUUUUCUUUUUCUCAGUGUCAGUAUAUUGUGCGCAUUCUAAAGUGCCACUUUCAAGCAAAACCUUCUCUGUUUGAAACAAAGCAUGGGCGUAUUUGUGGUAAGCAUGAUAUGUGAGUGUGCGCCCUAUACUGACACUGAGGAGAAGAAACUGUCAAUAUUAUUUGUGUUUUUUAGCUUGAUAUUAUUCCGAUUGAUCCACUGAAGGCAUAAUGACCUGUUUCUGAGGAGUUUUUUCAGUACUUCUCUGAAAAUGGAGGAUGAGGGAGCUCUCGUUUACACCUAAAGUUUCUUAAACUGUGUUUUGAACAACGUGAGGGGGAGUAGUUAAAGAAAUAAAUUUCUUUUUUUUUUUGGUGAACUAUCACUUUAAGGUUUGCAAAAAGGUCUAUUUUCAUUGUUGUUUAUAUCAACAUUUACUUCCGCAUACUGUCCUAUAUGCUAGCAAAACAAAAAUGCUCCACUGGUCUAGAAGAUUUCUCAAACUGUAUUUUGGAUUUAUUUUUAUUUUUUUGCUGUUCUUUCAGAUACAAUAUAUUUCAUUUUGACGUUAUAUUUUCUUAAUGACAAUAUCAUGUCAGUUGUUUGAUCACUGUCGUUGGUGACAAAAAUCUCUAGCCACAAAUUUCCGUUCUGGGAUCAUUUUAAAUAAUCUUAAAGGGACAGUUCACACAAAAAUGAAUGUACUCAUCUACAGGUCAUUUGAGAUCUAGGUGCCCUUUCUUUCUUCAGUAGAUCAUUAAAGACUAUUUUUCUAUCAAUCUGUUGUGAAUCUUUUAAUGGCAGUCAAUGGGGACAGUCUUUUGAGAUUAAAAAUAAACACGUACAAACAAGUCCAAAUCAAUAGCCAUGGCUCCUGAUGACACAGAGGUCCUCUGAAGCCAAACAAUCAGUCUGUGGACAUUAUUUACAAGAUUAGCUUCAAUCCACAGCUUGGUCGAACAGAUCUUGGCGCGAUUAUGCGAAUGUAGUCCAGUUGUAUUCCUGUUGCUUUAAACCUUUCAGACCCUGUAACGUGUCAGGUCAUGUUAUUUUCACAGGGCAUUUCUCAAAAUUUAAAGCCUGCUGUACAUAAUCAAUUCAUAUCGGAGAUUUUGUCACUAAUCCUCAUGUAUUUGUCAUCAAAACGUCAGGACUACAUUUAGACAUGCUGUGAACAGUUUGACCAGGCUGUGGAUUAAGAUUCAUAAUAAUGUAAAUACUGUUUAAUUUUUUACACAGAGUGAUCGUUUUACUUUAGAAGGCGUCAAUGUGUCAUCAGAAGCCAUGGCUAUUGAUUUGGAGUUGUUUGUAUGUCUUUAUUUUUAAUCUACCACCAUUGAAAGCAUUAUACGGAUCUACAUAUGGAUGACCUAUUGGGGGAGUAAGUUAACAGGAAAUUUUCAUUUUUGGGUGAACUAUCCCAUAAAGCAAACUCAUUGACCACUCCGUUGGCUGUUUGGUCAUCCCUGCACACACUCCCUGCUCUGAUUGGCUGAGUGGACACACACACUGUAUGGCAAGAGCUCGCUUUUGGAUGCAGUUCUGUUGACUACUAACGAUGCCUCCUCAGAGAGAGGUGGCUUUACCAGCCAUCUGGACACUUCCUUGGCAUUCUAGGAUUGGGAGCAAGCUGUUAAUGAAUCAGUCCGUCUGUGUGUGUGUGUUUGCAUAAAAGGCAGUGAAAGUGAGCUCUGUGCACAUCAUUUGUGUGUAUUCGCUGUUUCUUCAUAUUAAUGAAGAGUGACUGUUGGUGAUGUGUGAGAGUGUGAGCUGGCUUGGAUUUUUUUAGGCCUACUUAUUCACUGGUCUCUCUCAGUUUGUCCAUCACUUUUAGUUCUAUUGAAUUCUCCAUUUGCUUGGAGACUUUUUGUAUUUUGUGUGUAUGUCUACUUAAAUAGACAUUUUGCUUCUGUCUCUAAUUUGUGGUUGCUUGAGUGUUUUUGGAUCAUUAAAGCCUUAACUAUGUAAA